CUGGAGCUGUCCGUGCGCCUCCGAUUUCCGCCAAGGCCGCCGUAUCCGCCGCUUCUCUUCGGCGCGACCUUCCCCGCGACCUUCGCCGCGACCUUCCCCGCGACCGCCCCCCCCAACCUUCCCCCGUCCCUUCCGCCGUUCCAGUUGCGCAUAGUGGUCUGCUUGGCUCAAGGUCCACCUGCUUGUUACAACCGCCUGCUUGUUACCACCACCUGCUCGUUAAACCGUUGUAACAACUGUUGGAUUUUCGGUGACCCUUCUCCAGAUCCGAUUGCCGAGCUGUCAGCCGCAUAUCGCCUGGGUGACGGCGGCGUGACUAUAUCGCGUACUGCAUCGCUGUAUCGAAAAGGAGGCAGGAAUCCGUGACCAUCUGGUCGUGAACGGCUACACGUGUCAAUCCGUUUCAACCCGAUAGUACACGUGUCGAGACGCGAUGUUGGGCGUGCUGACGGGGCUGCUGCGAGGGCGCGCGGUGCCGGCCAAGGGCUUUAAGUACCUGACGGCGAAGCGCGGCCCGAAGAACUACUACAAGGGCACGGGGAGCCGCACCAUGGGACGACACACUAAGAAAGGCGGUUACAUAUUGAUGGAGGAGAAAAUGCCAACCUACCUCGUGCCUGACCUCACAAACUGCCAGCUGAAGCCAUAUGUGUCCCAUACUGCUCCCAAGAAGCCUCCUACUACUGCCACUGGAGCCACACCGGCUGCAAAUGCUGCCAGUAGAUGAUAUACGGUAGAUAGAUGAUAGUGUUUGUCUUGCACAUACAGGGUACACUCCAGCACUCUGCCAGAGCUACAUCAGCUGCAAAUGCUGCCACUAGACGAUAUAGAUUGUAGUGGUUUUUUGCUCUGAUAAUACCCAGGGCAGUGCAGCAUUAGUGCACUCACUGCGCACGCAAAAAAACCCUAUCGGGGGUCAGUCAAGUCCAACAGUGUAAGGACCAGCUUCUCCCCACCCUUCCCUCCCCGUCCCACCAAUUGUUCAUCUGCCUACUGCAGAAACCAUAUGAGAACUGUGCAAGCUCUUGAAUGUUUCUCAUGUUACUGA